AUGGAAGGAUCUACCGUCUCGAAUUCCAAAAUAGCAUCCGCAAACCUUUCGACUUCCUUUAGUAAUGGAAGUAGUAGCCCUGUAUCGUUAUCUUUUCCUCCCAUAGUUCUAUCAGGAUUCACUUUGUUUGGGCUUAUUACAAAUGGAUUAAUUUGUUGGGCUACUGCCAAAACAAAAAGGCUUCAUACACCAACAUUUUGUUUAGUCGUUAAUAUGGCUAUAUCAGAUUGUAUAAUUCUCGUCACCGGAUUAGCGUCAACAAUAAUAAAUGCAAUUAUGUCUAGUAUGGCUAUUUCAGUAAUAUCCGCAACUAUAGCUUGCAAAUUAAUUGGCUUUACAAAUAUAUGUGGUGUGAUUACAUCGACAUUGACCUUAAGCGCUAUCAGUAUUGAUCGAACUCUUAUUUUAACAACGAAAAGUCGCCGACGAACACUUUUUAAUUCUAACAAGAAAUUAAAUAUCCUUGUUGGAUUAAUCUGGCUGAUUGCUGCUAUUGUAGCAUUACCAUUCGGAGUUUUAAUGACAGUUUUUCCAUCAUCGCCAAUAUGCGAUAUCAAGAAUAUAAGUAGAACAUUUAACGGAACUUAUUUUAUCAUUCUUUUUAUUGUAGCUUACAUGAUACCGGCGAUUACAGUUAUCAUCAUGUAUACUAAAAUAAUUGUUGUACUAGCAAAAGGAAUCAGUAAACAAAGGAAUUCAUCAGCUUUUGAAUUGAUUAGAAAACAUCAUAUUAAACUCAUCAAAACGUUGUCUAUCGUGACCGUAAUAUUUUUUUUGUUAGCUGGCCCUUUAUUCAUAAUUUAUAUUAUUAUAGCUCUAUCGGGUAAAAGCGCAUUUAAUUACAUGCUUAGUCUAUCUCGACCUCAGGCUCAAAUUUUACAAAUUUGUUUUAUUGCCUUAUAUUUAUCUUGUUUACUAAAUCCAAUUAUUUAUUUCUUCAUGAAUUCAACAUUAAGACAAGCUUUAACUUGUAAAUCGCAAUGCUACGGUCGACUUCAACCUACCAUUCAUGUAGCGCCAGCUAAUUAA